UAAUUUGGGUAGAGAUUUAGGUAAUAACAUAAAUAAUGUGGGUGGGAAUUUAAGCGAUAACACAAAUGAUGUGGGUGAAAAUUUGGGCCAUAAUGCAAAUAGCGCGAAUAGAAAUUCAAAUAAUAAUACGACCCAUAAUGAUACGCACGGAUCAUCAUCCAAUAUACCUGCAUCACAAAAUGGUAGUGAUGUUAAUAUGGCCGAAGCAGAAAGUAGUCAAUCUAUAAAUGAGGAAAGUUAG